CUUUGCUGCUGUCGGUUGUGUCCGCGCUCCGGUGACUACAUCCACAUCCUCAGACGUCCUGAAUCAGGGGCCUCGACUUUCUCGGAGCCUGCUCGUCGGGCACACACCUGUGCGCUAUCUCCCUCCACUGGCGAGUAACGACUUGGCAAGCGAUUGGCAAUAAGGCAAUAAUAGCGGUGGCCAUCAGAACGAGAACGAGAACAAGAAAAAGAGCAAGUGUCAGGCAGCAUGUCGUCCCCAUUGAGAGUCCUUUUCCGUGGCACUAGGGCAGCAUUUGGAUCUGGCAACUAAGCGGGGCGAGCACACAUACCGACUCACCGACGACACACCGCCUGUGGUCAUUACCAUGACGCUGCUGCAGCGACUCCAGGCCAUGUCGGCCACCACAACCAGGACAAUAUUGGAGGACAGCAUCGGGAGCUUCGGUGGCGCGACAAAGGAACCGCUGGCGGGCCAACUUCCCGUGCUGGAGGAGUCCGCCUCGCAUGCCCGUUAUUUGAAAUUCAUCGCCGACGGGCUCAUCGACGAGGGACUGGGCAGUGCGGUGGGCAGUGGGAGCAGCGGGAGCAGCAUCGCCGUCUCCCUUGAAGACGUCGUCGCUGGGCAGGCACAGGACAUCCAGGCGGGCGAAGGACCCACCGACGAUGCCGACGGCAGCAGCCAUCUGGCAUUAGUCUUCGUCAAGUGUUUCAUUAUCGGUUUCAUCAUACUGGCCGCCAUCCUGGGCAACAUGCUGGUAAUUGUGUCCGUCAUGCGCCACCGGAAAUUGCGCAUCAUUACCAACUACUUUGUGGUCUCUCUGGCCGUCGCCGACAUGCUGGUGGCCCUCUGUGCGAUGACAUUUAAUGCUUCCGUCAUGAUCUCGGGCAAGUGGAUGUUCGGAUCCGUGAUGUGCGAUGUGUGGAACAGCUUCGACGUCUACUUCUCCACCGCCAGCAUCAUGCACCUCUGCUGCAUAUCCGUGGACAGAUACUACGCCAUCGUCCAGCCGCUGGACUAUCCGUUGAUCAUGACCCAGCGGCGCGUGUUCAUCAUGCUCCUGAUGGUGUGGCUCUCGCCGGCGCUGCUCUCGUUCCUGCCCAUCUGCUCGGGAUGGUACACAACGACCGAGAACUACAAGUAUCUCAAAUCGAAUCCGCACAUAUGCGAGUUCAAAGUGAACAAGGCGUACGCCAUAGUCAGCUCGUCGAUGAGCUUCUGGAUCCCAGGCAUCGUGAUGCUGUCGAUGUACUACCGCAUUUACCAGGAGGCCGACCGACAGGAGCGCCUGGUGUACAGAUCCAAGGUGGCCGCCCUGCUGCUCGAGAAGCAUCUGCAGAUUAGCCAAAUUCCCAAGCCGCGACCGAGCAUCCAGGUGGAGCAGUCGACCAUCUCGACGAUGCGGCGAGAGCGGAAGGCCGCCCGCACUUUGGGCAUCAUCAUGAGCGCCUUCCUCAUCUGCUGGCUGCCGUUCUUCCUCUGGUAUAUCGUAUCCUCGCUUUGCGAUAGCUGCAUCACUCCGCGCCUCCUCGUUGGCAUCCUGUUUUGGAUCGGCUACUUCAACUCGGCCCUGAACCCCAUUAUUUAUGCAUACUUCAACCGCGACUUCAGGGCCGCCUUCAAGAAGACCCUCAAGAGCCUGUUUCCCUACGCCUUCUACUUCUGCCGACGCGGCAGGGGGCGGGACGACGACCGGGAUCUGGAGUUCGGCGGUCCCAGUCGCCGGGGAACCAAUGGAGCACGGGCCGGAUCCGGAUCCGCUGAGCUGGCCGCCAACUGCGUCAACUCGACGGCCUCGUCGGAGAUUCACAUGAGCGUGAUGCGGGCCCGCCAGUAUACCGUCAAUGUCACGCCCACCACGGACGCCCAGAUGCAGCAGCUUCAUCCGCUCUACACCAACUAAGAAACCCACGGCGUAUACUUGAUUUCAUCUCCAGUGCUUCACAAACGUCUGUUCAUGAGUGCGCAGUGCACACCAAGUGUUCUCCAGAAAGCAGAAACCAGAUUGCCAGCUUACAAAAAUAAAUUACUCGACAAAAACAUUCCUCAAAAUAACGGCUAAGAGGGCAAAAAAGAAUUUAACCACAAAUAAUAGCUAAAGCAACAGCAACAAUACGACAAUCCCACAGAUUAAAGAAAGCCUUCGAGAACAGCAAAUUGACGUGCAAAAUGAAUUGAAAUAUAAAUAGAAAUAUAAAUAUUUCGACAUACAUAUUUACGUGUCACGGAGUCAGGAAUUUCAUAAAGAGAUGUUUAUAAAUGCGAAUGCAAAUAGAUAUAUGAAUGUUUGAUAUACGUAUAUAAAAAGCUAGAUGUUAACCCAAAAAAAAUAAAGAUAAAAAACAUGAGAUAUGCAUGGAUUGAAAUAAUACUCUAAAGCAAAAAGUAAAUAAAAGCUACAGUUACACUGUAGAUAAAAGGUCUGGUUGAAAA